GGAAUGUUGAUGAGGAUGUACAUGAGAUUAAUAUGAUUGAAUCUCUUGUUCCAAGUAGAGUAUAUGAUUCUUCUCUAUUUGAUCCACUUGAGGCAUGCUUGCUGGAACAUUCUUCUUUGUUAGAGAUAAAUGAGAAUAAUUCUGAAAUUUCUGUUUUGACUGAGUUGUUGAAUUCCUCACAG